ACAACUGUCACGUGACUGCUGUUUCUGAAUCUAAUCAUGGCGCAAUGAUGGCGCUGGACUGGAUGCGAAACGAAGCUGUGGAUUUAUGAUGUAUCAUCUUGUGAAGAGGCCACUGGAAUAGUAAAUUAACACGGUCAUGAUAUUCUUCUGAAACCACAGUUGGUUUGAAUGGAGCAGCAGAAUAUUACAGUGGAAUUGAACUUUCAGCAAGCUUCUUUCUGGUGGUGACUAGAACUAGAAGACACGCCAACACAAGCCUAGUUUACGGUAUACCAGCAUCAAGUUACAUGCAAGUGCUUGUUUUAGUCUGCCAUUAAAGAUGAUGAAUAAACCAGACUUGGAUAUAGAUUCUAUCAUAGACCAGUUACUGUCGGUCAAAGAUACCGCAGGCAAACAGGUUCAGUUGCCAGAGACCCAGAUCCGACAGCUAUGUCAGCUGUCCCGAGCCAUCUUCCUGGAACAGCCGAUGUUACUGGAAGUCGAGUCGCCCAUCAACAUUUGUGGGGACAUCCACGGCCAGUAUGAGGACCUGAUCCGGCACUUCGAGAAGUGUGGCUACCCGCCUGAGUCUAACUACUUGUUUCUCGGGGACUAUGUCGACAGAGGCAAGAAAUCAUUGGAGACCAUUUGUUUGGUGUUGGCGUACAAAAUAAAAUACCCUGAGAACUUCUUCCUUCUGAGGGGCAACCAUGAAUGUGCUUCUAUAAAUAGAAUUUAUGGAUUCUAUGAUGAGUGUAAAAGAAGGUAUAACAUCAAGUUGUGGAAAACGUUUACAGAUUGUUUUAACUGUCUACCCAUAGCUGCUCUAGUGGAGAACCAGAUUUUCUGUAUGCACGGUGGACUUUCUCCUGAUCUCACUGAUCUCGAUCAGAUCCGGGAUAUAGAAAGACCGAUGGAUGUUCCUGACCAUGGUUUGGUCUGUGAUCUUCUGUGGUCUGAUCCAGAUGAGGAUAUCACUGGCUGGGGUGAAAAUGACCGAGGUGUGUCAUACACCUUUGGAGGUGAUGUUGUGAAAGAUCAUCUGAAGAAGUUUGACUGCAGUUUGAUAGUGCGAGCACAUCAGGUUGUUGAAGAUGGAUACCAAUUUUUUCAAAAGAGAAAGUUGGUGACCCUGUUCAGUGCUCCGAACUACUGUGGAGAGUUUGAUAACGCAGCAGCCGUCAUGAUCAUCUCGGCCGACCUCACCUGUUCUUUCAAAAUAUUACCGCCUCACACUGGGAAAACAAUAGCAGUUGAUGCGAAGAGUAGCAAGAAAUGAAACCGUUAAUUUAUCUCUUUCUGAUGCCUUGUAACUUACUGCCAAAAACCAAUUGAAAAUAUAUUUAAAAAACAA